GUUUUUUCUCACGCCUUGUACACUCAGUGUCUGUUCAGCUCGAGUGCGAUGUUUUGUCUGAAAAGCAGCGAAAACGGCUCGACGCGAGCUGCGAAGCUACAUGCACCGGUAGUUUGUACGCCAUCCAUGUCGAUGUAGCCUUGCGCUUCUACCGGGCCCCGUGGGGUGUAUGGCGGAUAACGAAUACAGACUCAGUCGCCAAGUGGAAACUUUUCUCGAAGUUCUUCCACGCGGACAGGUCAUUCGAGCAGUUUCCUCGUGUGCGAGAGGCGUGAUGGCUUCCGUCUCAUCUGUAGUCUGCUAGAGGUGUGUCUGAAAUUAGCUCGCUAGGUUUGUGUCCGCAACGCAGCGGCAGGUCUUUGCUGUUCCGAUUACAGUGUGUCCAGCACAGCUUGUGUCUCCCGUGCCAAACGUGUUUCGACUUGCUACCCAAAAACCUCCGCCAACGUUACGGGAAUGCAAGGUUGUUCCUUGAACGUUGAAGAGGAAACACGUGCCUUGUCGGAGAUAAAGCCUAGAGGAGUUCGUCUCAACAUUCCGCAUUCGCCUGGCUCGCUUCUCCCGUCUCCGGAAAAGGAAAGGCGUCGGAGAGGCUAUAGUUCCUCCCAACCGUUGGAGCAAGCAACCCGCCAGCCGCCUGCACGACCGAGCAUGCAGCGUACCGAACCAGCGGUAUCCAGCAGACGAAUCACCCUGCCUUCGGCAAGAGCCUUGCUGAUUGCAAGGACGAUGGUGGUGAUGCUGCUGCUGCUGGGCCAACGAGUCGACGCGAUGCAGAAAUGCUCUUGCACGCUGGGCGCGGCGGACUGCGACGGUCCUAACUGGUGCCACGGUAAGGUGUGUUGGCAUCAGUGGCGGAUCACUGGCAACCCACGUAACGGCACGUGCCUCUGGCAGGCAGGCUGCAACAAGGACCCUCACAUUACCUUCACCAACGACAAACACGAGCCAAGCUUCACCGUGUGGGUAAAUGCUACGCUGCUGAAGCACCCCGAUGACUAUCGCAGCAGCAGUACGGUUCUUGAGGCGGCCGCACACUGCGGUGGAAUGGAGCUGUGCACCGAUCGGUACAACGCUACUCGACUGUUUCACGUGCAUGAGUGCUCACCGACCUUCUGGCGCUGGAAUGUCAACCACGCCUAUACACCUCUGGUUGGGCAAGGACAAGCAGCUUAUGACAAGAAUGAGGCACUUCAGAAGUUUAUGUCGUGGGAAGAGGACGACUGGAAAACAAUUCGGAGAUGCAGCAAUGAUAGCAAUGCCUGUACUAAGGCCACCUAUGACCGUUACCUUCGGCUGGGCAUUGCCAAGAACGUCACUGUCCAGUACAUGACGGGAGAUGGUCUAGCGACCAUCACUCCAGCUCCCAGCGGCCUGCGUCCUGGGAAAUCCCCCUCCUGGUCGACGUCCACCCUGAUCACGGUCAUCUGCUGCCUGUGCGUCUGCCUCGUCUGCUCAUCCUGGAGUGCCUACCUGGUGGGCAGCUACCGUGGCAACGCAGCAAGACGAGCCAAUCACGACCUGGCUAGGUCAUGUGACGUGAUGAUGGAUACGCUGGACAUGUUCAGUCCCAGGAACUAUCUCAACUUUCUGAGCAAUCGAUCUCCACUCGCCAGCCGUGUGAACAUUCAGAGUCGCUGCACUGAGGGAGCGUUCUCUGCUAUCUGUGACUGCCAGUGGCAGCCGCCAGACACACGCCUGGCAGCAGAGCGCGCCAUGGUUAGAAUCUAUGACGGUGGCAUGCUCAACGCCCGCUACUGGGUGCACGAAUGCCUGCUCUAUGAUCUGUUUAGUCUGAGACACUCGAAUGUGGUCAAGUUUUUGGAAGGUGGAAUUCAGGUGAAACCUUUUGUAAAGGACAUCUGGAUUGUGUACGAGGACUGUGCAAGAGGCAGCCUGCAUGGAUACUUGCUGAACCACAGGGGAGUGGAGCUUGAACAAGGCCUGCGAAUCAUGCGCGACGUGGCCGCCGGGCUCUGCUAUCUCCACGAGGAGGAGGAGCGUGCCAGCUGCCAGCAGCGUCGCUACUCGCCGAUCAAGCCGCGCGUCGCCCACUGCCACCUGAACCCCAGCAACGUGUUCAUGCGCUCCGACGGCUCGGCGUGCAUCGGAGAUCUUGGCAACGCUGUGGUGCAGCUACGCCACGCUCUUGGAUUGACGAGACGCAAAUCCGAGUUUGGAGAUGUGUUCAAGCCGAGCACGUACAACUUUGUCCCAGUGGUGGGCAGUCCACGCUAUGCUUCGCCGGAGAUGCUGUCCACGUGGGUGGACGCGUAUGAAGACUUUGAUAUCCUGCUGGCGUCCGAUAUCUACAGCUUCUCACUGAUCAUGUGGGAGAUUCUUGUCAUGUGCCCUGUUGGACCAGGUCCAUCACGCUACACACAAGCCUACAGCAGCUUGGUAGAGGACUGUCCCAGCAUGAAUGAGAUGAGAGAUCUCGUGGUGGGUGGUCAGCAGCGACCUUCGCUCCAUGACGCCUGGAUGGCAGCUGAGCACUACAAGACUGCCGUCGCCAUCAUGGUUAGCAGCUGGAACAGCACAUGGGCGUGUCGACCGAGCUCCGGAAAGGUCCUACGCUCCCUCAAUGAUCUGUCGGUGGUCGCGGUGACCCAGAACGGUGAGAGAUGUGACGACACAGUCAGUACCACACCCGUGGCUGGAUCUCUCGACGUCUGUGACACCGCAACACUCAGCAGCUGCGUCACCCAGCAGUCAGUCUAGCCGCAUGUGAGUCUAGCAGCACCGUGCUAAACUUCCUCUCCUCUCUGCUCCACCUCUUGUUUGCUAGAAUUAGCAACGCUGCCGCCAACACUCUCUUAUUGGCGAUGGUGCCAUCGCGAGAAUAAAGAAUUCAACACAUCGCGCUGUGUCCACAGCCAUACUAAGUGGUCUCUUUGAUGCAAAAACAUCUCACUCUUUCAUUGAACUUGCCCUGCAACAAUAACACGGAAGAAAAACACUCAGCUCUCACCUACCCCCCUCCCUCUUCUCUCACAGAGCGUUUCUCCAGGGCUCCUGAUCUCCGCAGCCACGCUUUUGCUGAAACAUUUCUCGCACACAUGUACAUGACAUUACAUCAUCUCCUCAAUUGUCUUCUGCUUGUUCAUUGCUUCAAUAUUCCAUUUAUUCCAUUACCUAAUCGCUCACCUUUUCUUGUAUUGAUCACCCUCGAUCUGGACAGGCCACUUCCAGGCGCUUGGCGGGCAAGUAAAACAUUGUUUUGCGGCAAAGAAACCAUUUUGCAUGUUUAUUGAGACAUUGUAAGUUAAUCUCCUUUUUGAAAUGCCCUUCCUCCUGAAAUUUAUUUGUAGUCUGCUAGGCGGAUCUCCUCCAGUACACAUUAGAAUCCUUCCAAAACAAUGGAGCUGGUAGCAAUCCUCACACCCCCCACUCCAAAAAAAACAAUGUUAUUCAUUCUAGGAACAAUGGAGCUGGUAGCAAUCCUUACACCCCCCCCCCCCAAAAAACAAUGUUAUUCAUUCUAGGUUUCCUGUUCCUCUUGCGGAUCUCCUUCAUGAUGAUGAAUUGCUUCACUUUCUGUCAUUUCAUUGACAGUUUAUUUCAAGACUCAUUCCCUGUUCCAGCUGGAUACUUUCAGUAAAAAUAAUAUAUUCUGUUGACAUUACCGCUGUUGGCUCAUUCCUGGAUGCUCAGUUGGCUAAUGUAUUCUAAUAGGGUAC